GGAGGCGGACCGGCGAGCUCAGGCACGGGGCUGCGGGGAAACUGGGGACCCGGGGGCCUGGCCCAGGAGCUCGGCCCGGGCUGCCUUCCCCGCGGCGCACUCUCGGGCUCCGACUCCGGUUGCCACGGAGACAGGAGGCGGUUGCCACGGCGACCGACGACUGAGAGGACCAGCCAAUCCCUCCCAGCCGCGGCUGCCGCUCCCCGCGGGAUGGAGGCAUCGCGCGGGGCGGGGCCGCCCUGCCGGGCCCCCGCACCGGGCUCCAGACAACUCCCCGCGUCUUCCCGGCUCGGGGUGAUGCCACUCUGGGGGUGCCCAGCCUCCGCGUGGCCCCGAGCCCCUGCCUGGUAAAGGGGAGGAUGCUGCGGGAAAGGCCAGGCCAGGCGCAGGUGCCCCCGCCCCUCGGACCCGCGCUCUGCAGUGCCGGGCGCGCGCCCGCGCGGGAGGGGGGCGGCGGGCGGGGCGGCGCCGACGUCAUCCGCUCCCCACACCCGGCCGAGGGGCGGUGGCCGCGCAGCCUCCGCCGGGCGGCGGCACAGACGGACGGACCGAGGGACAGAGGCAUCGAGGGACCGGCGGGCAGACGGCCAGGCCAUGCCAGGGGAGGCUGCGCGAGCCGAGCUGCUGCUGCCCGAGGCCGGCGGGCCCGGGCCCCGCACAGAUCUCUCCUGUGAUGCGGUGGCCGCCACCAUCCCGGGAGGGGACCUGCAGCAGCCCCAGGCCCUGACGCCAGGUUCCAGUCCCCUGGCCCUCUCGUUCCUGCCCAGCAAGCCGGGCGCCCGGCCCCAGCCCGAGGGCGCCAGCUGGGAUGCAGGGCCUGGCGGGGCCUCCUCGGCCUGGGCAGACGCAGCAGAAGGCGGCCCGAGCCCCACCCUCCUCCCCGAGGGCCCGCCGUCCCAGGCUCUGUCCCCAGAGGCGCUGCCCUCGAGCCUGGAGCCCCGGAUCGUGAUGGGCGAGGAAACGUGCCAGGCCCCCGCCUCGCCUUGGGCAGCCGGGCCCGCGCUCAGGGACCGGGAAGGUGGGCGUGCCGGCCUGCACCCACCCCCCGAGCCGUGUUCUCAGGGUGACCCUCCUGUGCCUUCCCCUCCCCCAGACCCUGAUUCCUUCUUCACACCUCCCUCCACCCCCACCAAGACCACCUACUCCCUGCUCCCCAGCCAUGGGGACAGCUGGGACCCCGAGCCCGAGCUGGACUCGCCACCCGCCUCGCCCUCGGGCUCCUACAUCACGGCCGAUGGGGACAGCUGGGCCUCGUCGCCAUCCUGUUCCCUCAGCCUGCUGGCGCUGGCCGAAGGGCUGGACUUCCCCUCCAGCUGGGGCCUCUCCCCGCCAGGGUCCGUGGUGGACGAGGGCGAGCGGAGCCCGCCCAGGCCGCCGGGAGCCCCGUCCACAGAGUCCAGUCUCUCUGCAGACAGCAGCUCCUCCUGGGGCCAGGAGGGCCACUUCUUCGACCUGGACUUCCUGGCCAAUGACCCCAUGAUCCCCGCGGCCCUCCUGCCCUUCCAGGGCAGCCUCAUCUUCCAGGUGGAGGCCAUGGAGGUGACACCGCUGCACCCGGAGGAGGAGGAGGAGGAGGAGGUGGAGGAGGAAGAGGAGGCGGUGGGAGCAGCUCCGGCCCCGGGCAGGGACCUGGCCGGGGAGGGCGAAGACGACAGCACCUCCACCUCCUUCCUGCAGUCGCUGUCCGACCUGUCCAUCACAGAGGGCAUGGACGAGGCCUUUGCCUUCCGGGACGACACCUCGGCCGCCUCAUCUGACAGCGACUCGGCCUCCUACGCAGGGGCCGACGACGAGAGGCUGUACAGCGGGGAGCCCCACGCCCAGCCCAGCGCCCCAUUCCUGGAGGGCACCCAGAAGGCAGAGCAGGAAUGCAGGGCGGCCGCUGAGCAGCCGCGCGGUCCAGAAGGGCCCGAGUCCUGCGGCCUGGAGGCCGCCGGGGCCACACCCACCCCUCGGGUCUCAGAGCGAGAGGCCUGUCUCACCCAGAGCCAAGACCGGAUGGAAACAGCAGGAGAGAAGCACGCUCCAGGCCAGGAGGCCACAGCCUCCAAGACCCCUCCUGCCCUGCAGGCAGCCCCAGGCCCCCAGCUGACCCCUGAGGCCGAGGAGGAAGAAGAGGAGGACUCCACAGCUGGGGGAGCACCAUCCCAGGCAGCCCCAGGCCCCCAUAUAACCCCUGAGGCUGAAGAAGAGGAGGAAGACUCCACAGCUGGGGGAGCACCAUCCCAGGCAGCCCCAGGCCCCCAUAUAACCCCUGAGGCUAAGGAGGAAGAAGAGGAGGACUCCACAGCUGGGGGAGCACCAUCCCAGGCAGCCCCAGGCCCCCAUAUAACCCCUGAGGCCGAGGAGGAAGAAGAGGAGGACUCCACAGCUGGGGGAGCACCAUCCCAGGCAGCCCCAGGCCCCCAGCUGACCCCUGAGGCCGAGGAGGAAGAAGAGGAGGACUCCACAGCUGGGGGAGCACCAUCCCAGGCAGCCCCAGGCCCCCAUCUAACCCCUGAGGCUGAAGAAGAGAAGGAAGACUCCACAGCUGGGGGAGCACCAUCCCAGGCAGCCCCGGGCCCCCAGCUGACCCCUGAGGCUGAAGAAGAGGAGGAGGACUCCACAGCUGGGGGAGCACCAUCCCAGGCAGCCCCAGGCCCCCAGCUGACCCCUGAGGCUGAGGAAGAAGAGGAGGAAGACUCCACAGCUGGGGGAGCACCAUCCCAGGCAGCCCCGGGCCCCCAGCUGACCCCUGAGGCCAAGGAAGAAGAGGAGGACUCCAUAGCUGGGGGAGCACCAUCCCAGGCAGCCCCGGACCCCCAGCUGACCCCUGAGGCUAAAGAAGAGGAGGAGGAGGAGGACUCCACAGCUGGGGGAGCACCAUCCCAGGCAGCCCCAGGCCCCCAGCUGACCCCUGAGGAUGAAGAGGAGGAGGACUCCACAGCUGGGGGAGCACCACCCCAGGCAGCCCCAGGCCCCCAGCUGACCCCUGAGGCUGAGAAGGAAGAAGAGGAGGACUCCACAGCUGGGGGAGCACCAUCCCAGGCAGCCCCAGGCCCCCAGCUGACCCCUGAGGCUAAAGAAGAGGAGGAAGACUCCACAGCUGGGGGAGCACCAUCCCAGGCAGCCCCAGGCACCCAGCUGACCCCUGAGGCUAAGGAGGAAGAAGAGGAGGACUCCACAGCUGGGGGAGCACCAUCCCAGGCAGCCCCAGGCCCCCAGCUGACCCCUGAGGCUAAGGAGGAAGAAGAGGAGGACUCCACAGCUGGGGGAGCACCAUCCCAGGCAGCCCCGGGCCCCCAGCUGACCCCUGAGGCUAAGGAGGAAGAAGAGGAGGACUCCACAGCUGGGGGAGCACUAUCCCAGGCAGCCCUGGGCCCCCAGCUGACCCCUGAGGCUGAAGAGGAGGAGGAGGACUCCACAGCUGGCCGAGCACCUGCUCCCAGGGCACUGUCCCAGCCCUGCCAGGAGAGGGCCGGCGCUGCCUUGGGCCCGGAUCCUGGCACUGCAGAAGGCCCUCCCUCUCUGCAGGAUGAAGCCGGCCACACCUCGUGCCCAGACCCUCCACAGAACACAACAGCAGCAGGACCAGACCUCCCUUCAGGCCCAGGGCCUGUGGCUGCAGCUCCGCCCGUGCCCCCACAGGCCCUCCUGCCCGACUGUCCCACGGCAGGCUGCCCAGCAGGUCCAGAAGCUGUGGCUGCCAGCGGCCUGCAGGCCGCAGGGACCAAGGACACAGAGCCUAUGACUUCCCAGAACCAAGCUGUGGCCUUAAGGGCAAGGCCAGCUCUGGAGAACAAGUCCACAGCGCCCCCUGCAGGCCCAGCGCUGCCAGUCGCGGCCCAGGCCCAGCAGGAUGACCCGGAGCUAGCCGCAGAGGCCGAAGACGCGAGUCCCACCUCCGGCAUGGAGGCCCCCGGCCCCCCUGGGCCUGCCUUUGACAUCGGGGGGGCAGCAGCUGCACCUGAGCGGGAGGAGAGUUCCGGAGCCCACGUGCACACGAGUGACGAGGCUGAGAAGCGGAGGCGUGGAGGCCCCAAGCCACUGGCACAGGGACAUGGUGGACCCAGGUCAGCACCCCCAGGUGCAGGGGAGACUCCCGGGGUCAGCCAGGGGCAGCCCCCGAGCCCAGCCAGGGAGGGAAAGCGUCCGAGUGGCAAGUCCACCUCGAGGCCCAAGCUUCCCGCCGCCAAGCUGGCAGAGGCUGGGCUGGGCUCCUGCUCCAAGGCCCCAGCAAGGGCUGCUUCCAGGCUGGGCAGGGGCUGCCCCGAAGAGCCUGCCCCGGCUACACCCUGCCGCCAGCCAGAGCCCGUGCUGGGCCUGGGCCGUUCCCAGGUGGUCCCCAGCGUCCUCAGCCCCACCCCACCUCAGCCUCCAGAAGACCCUGCCCGGGCCCUGCCCACUGCACCCCAGCACAGGCACCCGGGCUCCCUCGGCCCCUGCCUGUGCCAGCACCCCCAAGACUCCCUGGACGACGAGGAACCUCCAGACUCUCCGGCUCCCCCGACGUCCAGGGCAAGAGCCCAGCGGGCCACUGCUGCCGUCUCAGGAACCCCGCGGCUGCCAGGGCCCAGGCAGCAGGCGGGCCUCGCCGCCCGCUCCCCGCUCCCGAGCCCCGAGGCAGCCCCCACCGAUGCCAAAGACGUGGCCUCGGGGCCUCUGCCCCCCCGCCAAGUGCCUCCUCCACCCGGGCCCAGCAGCCUGGCGGACGCCCCAGGGGCCCCGGCCCCCGAGCCGCAAGAGGACGAGGACAGCCCUGAGGAAGACUCACCGCGGGCCCCAGGCUCGGGCCAGCACUCAGACAGUCACGGGGAGUCGUCGGCCGAGCCGGAUGAGCAGGACGUCUCGGCACCUCAGCCGGCGCAGUGCCCGGCCCAGGCCCCGGCCAGCAGCAGCGAGGACACCAUCGCCAAAGCCAAGCAGAGUCGCAGUGAGAAGAAGGCCCGAAAGGCGAUGUCCAAGCUGGGCUUGCGGCAGAUUCAGGGCGUCACCAGGAUCACCAUCCAGAAGUCCAAGAACAUCCUCUUCGUCAUCGCCAAGCCCGACGUGUUCAAGAGCCCAGCCUCUGACACCUACGUGGUCUUCGGGGAGGCCAAGAUCGAGGACCUGUCCCAGCAAGUGCACAAAGCCGCGGCCGAGAAGUUCAAGGUACCCUCGGAGCCCUCGGCCCUGGUGCCCGAGUCACUGCCCGGGCCCCGGGUGAGGCCUGAAUGUGAAGAGGAGGAAGAGGAGGAGGAGGAGGAGGAGGAGGUGGACGAGGCCGGGCUGGAGCUGCGUGACAUUGAGCUGGUGAUGGCGCAGGCCAACGUGUCCAGGGCCAAGGCUGUGCGGGCCCUGAGGGACAACCACAGUGACAUCGUGAAUGCCAUCAUGGAACUGACCAUGUAGCUGCUGACCAGACGCGGGACCACCGUGCACCUCCCUCCAUUGCUGCUCAAUAAACCAGUGCCCCUCACA